AAAGUAAGCGUGCGGGUAGCGGGCGUCACUUGUUAGCGAGAAGACCCCGUCCUCUAUAGUUGUGUGUUGAUAUGGCGUGCACGAGGCAGGAGAAACUCGCCAACAAAAUGGAGUAAAUAAGACGAGUUUCACCAAUCAACACACAACUAUUAAGCAAGGGGUGUGGAGGCUGCGGCGAUGCUCAAAGUGGGCAGCAAGUUUUAUACAUUUGAUGAGUUAAGCAGCCGUUUGGAGGAAUUUCAAGACCUUGAACAGGUUCAGCUUUGGGUGAGGGAUUCAAGAACUGUUGUUGCUGCUGCUAAGAGGGCGCGCCGCAAGUCCCUCAACCCAGCCCUUAAAUAUGCCGAGCUGACCUACUCCUGUGUUUUUGGAGGGCGCAGACCGUCCGACCAAACAAAAAUACACAAUCAGACAUCAGCCGGAGGUUGCCCAUUUAAGGUCCGACUGUCAACAUCCAUCGAUGGUCAAGCCCUAGUUGUUAAAGAAAUAUGCCAUGAACAUAAUCAUGAACCAGGGAAAAAAUUGCAUGAAGAACCACGGCGUUUGUACAAAAAGACUCAAAACCGUACAACUGUGCGAAAACCCGUCCGUUACAUUGUAAACAAACAGCGAGUCUCUAGUGGCACAUGCAAGACUAAGAGUCGUCUGGACCACACCGAGUCUCAUGUCCAGUUGGGACAGUCACCCUUCCACCACCUUCAGCUUCACCAGCAACAGUACCAGCAGCAACAACAGUUGAAACUGCAAUUGCAACAACAUCUACAACAGCAGCAACAGCAGCAGUUGCACGAAAAGGAAGCUGAGGUGAUUCAGCUGGACUCUCCAGACCAUGUUGACACACCAGAGCACCUGAGUUCUCCUGAUCUCUCCACCACCUUUGAUCAGCUGGGUUCACUCAAUAACUCCGUCGAUCAGUACACGUACCUGCCACCCUCACCAAUCUCUCCGAGCCUGUCUAGUGGUUGUCCAGUUGACUGUGAAGAAGAAGAACGGUUGGAGCCUAUUUUGGAUUUGGAGGAGGCCUUGGAGGAAGCCCUAGGUGACCUUGAUAGCGUGGGCAGCAUGGAGGUAGAUGCCAACCUCCGACUAACCUCUUCUGGGAGCACCUCCUCCAGCUUGGUGUGUCAAUCAGAAACAACCACCACUGAUGAUCCCACAGGUCCUCCUCCUGCCAAAAGGCAACGGGGACGUCCCAGAAAGCAGUCAUUUACAGGAACUCCUUUAAAAAAUGAGAAGAGCGAAGCAGGUAAAAGUGGAGAAGCAAAAGAAGACAAAUCAUCAGAUGAUGAAGAAGAGUUUCUGGGAUUUUCUCCAUCAACAGAUAAAGUUACAAGUAAGUCAGACAUUAUGGUGAGCAAAGCAGAUAUCUUACAAGCAAGUGCCAUGGCUCGCCAGCUUCAUGUAUACAAGCCUGGCAUUGACUUUGUUCCUGGUGCAAGACUGGAAGUGCUGGACUCUAGGGAUAAUAAUUGGUACCAGUGCAAGAUUGUGGAGGUAGACUGGGGAGAGUUGGAUAUUCUUGUUCAUUACGAACGUUGGUCAAACAGAUUUGAUGAAUGGCUUAAAAUGGAUUCAACAAGGAUUCGAAGUCUGUCUCGUACCUCCCAGAGAAGAGAGAAAAAGAAUAGUCCUUAUAAUGUUGGUGAUCGGGUACUGGCACGUUGGUCAGCUGAUGGCAAGCGGUACCAAGCCAGAGUUACUAAGGAAUUGGGAGACGAUCAGUUUGAAGUCCUGUUUUUUGAUGGUGUGGCUAAAGUGCUUCGCUCCACUGCAUUAGCAAAAGUGGACUCAAAGCUGGGUGAGAUAGAGGAACAGAGAGGCACUCCAUCCAAACAGCCUGUGACAGAUGAUGAGGAUAGCUUGUUGUCUCCAGGAGCCACAAGUGCUAGCUCUACUGACUCGCGCUCCUCCAGCCCUGAGCUAGACCAGUCUUCUGCAGUGACUGGCAGAGUUGAAGAACUCAUGGAAGUGGAAACUGUCACACCAGUAAGGAAAAACAUCUUUGAUGUUGAAAUAAUUGAGCAGAAGAGGAAGUCAAAGAGAAAGGCAGCGGUUGAAGAACUUUUUCAGUCAUUGAAAAAAAGACGCAAAUAUGAGCACCAAAGUCAAGUGAAAGUAUCCACAUCCUCCCCACGACAUCAACAACUGAUGCAGCAGGAACAACAGAAACAACAGCAACAACAAAAGCAACAGCAGCAGCAGCAGCAAAUGAGGUCAACACAGAGCAGGAAGACUUCAUUCUCCAAGAAGAAAGGACGUGAGCCAGCUUCUGAGAGCCAGGAGGAGAUGACUCCACACCAGCCUGAGGCUGCAACUUCUGAGGCUCUAGACAGUCCAGUCUUGUCACCCAGAAUUGUAUCAAUUGAUAUGAGUGAUGGUUGGAAGAAAUGCUGCAGUCAGCGCACUCAUGGGACCACUGCUGGCAAAUGGGACACCUUCUAUUUAGCGCCUGAUGGGAAGAAGAUUCGAAGUAAAAAUGAUCUGUAUCGUUACUGUGAAGAAUUCAAAGUGACCUGUGAUAUUGAAAAAUUUGACUUCUCUGUCAAGAAUAUGAGAGAAGUGAUUGAUGGCCAGACAGAUGCAAGAAGUAAUAUAAAAGCUAAUGAGGAGCAGAAAGAAUCAGAAAAAGAUCCAUCCAUCUCAGAGGUCAAGGAGCCAGAGGCCAAAUUCCCUGUUCAAGAAUUGUGCGGUAUUACUAAAACAGCAACUGGGAAGAAGCCUGACAUGAAGAAAUCAGAAAUAAAGCAGAGUGAUGUGUCAAAACACAGUGAGCCACCCCGCAUGAAACUUGAAAUUCCCAUAAUUCCCAAGACAGAGCACAUAGGUACGUUACCUCCUUCCCUGUUGGGUGCCUCGGGUGCUCCCUGGCCCCCCACCAUGCCUUCAUCACUACCUCGAUCAUUGCCUGCUUCUGCAUCCACUUCUUCAGGGGAACUGAUGGGCAAGGAUCCUGUGAGUGUAGGUGGAUAUACAUCUACUGAGCCAACACCUGAACCCAUGAGGCCCAGUGCAGCACCCAUCCGGCAGCGACAUGUGCUCAAGAAGGAGCCUGUCUUGGCACCAAAUGAAUUUGUUGUAUGUACUGAGCAUAAUGACCACCAGUGUCCAAAGAGUGGCUGUGGAAAAAGUUUCAGGAAAGAAAAUCUUCUUCAGAUGCAUAUCAAGCAUUACCACCCAGAGUUGCUAAAAAAGACCAGCAGCUGGGCACCAAAUGUGGCUGACCUUGCUUAUGCACGUACUGUUGGAGACCAUCUGGACACUGGCUCUUCUCCAACCCAUGCUUCUCCACCAGUUGACAAGAUGGGGAAAUCUGAAACAGGAUCUAAAAAAACGCCACGUGGAUUGAGCUCUGUAAUUUCUCUGGAUGCACGUGGCAAAGUGAUGGAUAAAAAGACCUCAGGAACUGUUAAAACCUUUACUGGCAGUAAAGAUUCGAAGAAAAGAGAAAAAAGUAAACCUGAGUCAGAGCAGGGAUCACUCAUUUCAGAAGAUGAAAUUGAAUCCAAAGAAGAGGUUGAGGACUUGGCAGAGGAUAUUGAAGUAGAGUCUCCAAUAUCUACCUUAGGUUUGCAGUCUGAAGAUCCUGAUUAUGUUCCUAGUGAAGGAGAAAUAUUGCUGAUAAGAAAAGACAGGAAAGAAAAGAGGAAGACUCGUGGAGAGUCAAAGGGAAAGAAAAAGAAAAUAGUUGCUUCAGAAAGUGUGUGUGAGGAUGAUCAGCAGGAAACUAAGACAGUGACCAAAUACAGAUACUGCAAACACAAAGGAUUUACUUCAUCUAAAACUAGUGUUUCAUCAACUAAUGCAGCAGAGCUACCACUGCCUGAGCCUUCAUCUGCCUCCCCAUCAAAAAAGAUCUCAGGUUCUGAAGAAGCACCAAGUAUUGAGGCUGAAGAGGACACAGGGGAUGCAUGGGCAGAAGGCACAGAGGGAGUGCCAACAUCAGAGACUUCAGCAGAAAUUAUCAAUUGUGGUUGUGGCUCCACUGAGGAGGAAGGGUUGAUGCUACAGUGUGAUGUUUGUUUGUGCUGGCAACAUGGAGAUUGCUACAACAUUGUGGGAGAGGAUCAGGUGCCUGAUAAGUACAUCUGUUCUUUGUGUGACCAUCCAAGACUGGAGAGGUCAUCUCACAAGUUUAGGCACCAUCAGGACUGGCUGAAGGAAGGCAGACUACCAAGAUUUUCCUUUUCUUCUUCUCGUGGAGACCUUCGGCUUGAGGCUUGUGUUAGACGAGGUCAUGAACUGACAGCCAAUGUUCAGCAGCUAUCACAGAUUCUUCACUCUCUCAGACUGAAGUUACAUAUUGCCAGGGAAGCUGAUCAUCCAAAGUUUGUCAUGUGGCACAAGAAAUGGAAUGAGCAGGAAGAAAGUUCCCCUGAUGGGAAACAAAAAUCUUACACAAGCCCAACAGCAAUUGCUCCCUUGCAGGACUUGAUGGACAUAGUGGACCAAGAAGAUCCAUCUCUUGGUACAAAUGUAACUGACACAAAGGUUCCUGACCUUAGUCACCAGACUGCAAAUUUGAGCAGUGACAUUACAUUAGAGAAAACUGAUACUAAUGAGUCAGGGGAAAGGCUUGACACCAGUCCCACCAUCCUCUCUGAAACUCAGAAUCAAGGCACAACUGAGAUUCAGAAAUUUGAUAUACAAGUUCAAGAUGAAAUAGAGGUGAUGAGAUCUCAGACAGAACUGGCUGACUCUAACAAAGACACAGUGAAUGAUAAAGAUAAGCUUGGAAAUAGUAUGACAGUAGAUGCUGAAAAAGUAGUUACCAGUUCUUCAGAAAUUUCGGAAAAAGUGCCUGAAAAUUUUGUUGAAGAUAAACACAGUGAAAACUCUUCUAAUGUGGAAAGUAGCAGCCAACAAAAUAAGGAUGAACCUAAAAUAUCAGAUCUCUCUGAAGAAGAGCUCCCAAUUUCUGAAAUCAAGUCUCCAGAAGAGAAUAGAAGUAUUUUGGAUACUGUUGAAAUAAAUAAGGAUAAGAAAGACCCUCAGGAUUCCUUGCAAACCAGACGUGAAGAAAUUUCCUUGAAUGAAGAAACUGAAAAUGCUGAUGAUAGUGUAAAUUUGAGUGGAGAGGAGAAUUCAGUUAUGAAAGGUGAAAGUACACCAGAGGAUGUUGCAGAUGACAAGGAAAAGAUGAAGUGUGAGUCAUCAGAUGAACAUUCCAUUCAAACCCAUGAAACAGAUCAUCGUGAAGAAUGCAAGUGUGAGGAAUUGGAAGUGGAAAAUGUUGAGGGAAAAGGAGAAAGCAAGACUGAUAUUUCACUUGAAAGUGAAGUUACAAUAGGUAAUGAAAAAAAGAUGAAGGACUGUCCAUUUGGUAGCAAACUGGAAAUCAAAUCUCCUUCAUGUGUGUUUGAAAAAGAUGAAAAGCAAGUGAAAGAACCCAAGUUAGAAGUCAGUGAAGAUCAUAAAAACAUUAAUGAGAAAGAUGAAAAUAAAUCAGAAUAUGCAGAUAUAGACAAGUUAAGUUUGCAGGGCAUUACAGAAGAUAGUAAUAUUGUGAAAGAGGAGACUGAUCUCCCUCAAAUAUCAAUGAAAGUGGAGGGAGAGUCGAGUACUUUGAAAACAGAAAGUGAAGAGAAAGUUAAAGACACCAAAUUAAAGGAUCAGGAUGAACAAGAGAAAUCACCUGACUCUUCAAGCUUAGGUGCUUCUGGUGUAUCUCACUCAGCUGCAGAAGACCCAUUAAAUGAAGAAUCCCACCUUGAGGAUGGAGAUGACUUAACCCUUGAUCUUGGAGGUUUAGGAGUUACAGGUGAAGGUGGAAUGCCAGGAGGCAAUGAAUUAGCAGCCCUCCUGUCUUCUCAGACAGAACUGGAACAGCUAGUGUCCCAAGCUAGUUCAGCCCUUGCUCCAGUUUCUUCAAAUCUUCAUUCAGUUCAAGCACCCAUAAUCCCUGAAGCUGAAAGGAUAGAACCAGUCAACUGUAAAUUGAAUUUACUGGAGCAUGUACAAACAGUGCAGAGCAGUAUCAUUCAGCGAUUUGAUGAAAUUGAGCAGCAACUUGAAGUGUUGGAAGCUGAAAUGGGUCUAGCAGCAGAUGCUACUGAAGAGGAAGCUGAAGAAGACUUGGAGGAACGUGACCCAGCCACCCUCCAAGCCAGGGCACUCAUCAAACUUGUCAUGAAUGAUCUCAGUAUAGUCAAGAAAAUUGCAGACUUUACUCAUUAAUGGAAUCGAAAUCCUGACUAAAAAACCAAAGAACUCAAAAGUUAUCUGUAGCCAAGGAGGCUUCAAGGAGUAUUACUAUUAUUAUCCUGAAGAAAACAUAUAUAUUUAAUGGAAAAGACCUAACAAAAAGUUCUCUAAUAGAUACAUUUUGGUGUAGCUUCAGUAAAAGUGAAAUCAAACAAGCAAACAAUAUUUUCAGUGAUUAUUGUGAAUGCAGACAUUCAGUCAUAUCACAGUAAUUGCAUUAAUUUUACUCUGAACACACCAGUAAAAUGCUGUUGGAAAUGGACCAACUUAGCAGUAAGUGCAGUGACCUUAUUCUGAUGAAACUGAUAAGACAGUGUUGGAUAAAAUGGACCAACAUAUUGAUUACUCUACUCUUAGACAUUUUGACAAAACACUAUUAUAUAUGAAUCAACAUAACAGAUUACUGUGUAUUAAUUCUGAACACACUAAUAAUUCAAUAACAGUGAUUAUUCUGGAGACAUUGAUAGGAGACUGUCAGACAUGAUCAAUGUGGCAGUAAUUGCAGUAAACUUAUAAUUUAUUCAGAGCACAUUUAUAAAACAGUUGGGAUAUGGACUAACUGGAAUUUUUUUUUACUGAAGAACUAUGUAAAUCUUGUGAACAAUUUUCAGAUGUAGAAAAAAAAAACUUGUUUGCUAAAUGCAGUGGUCAUGUGGUAUAUAGUGAGCCAACAGUUGAUGAAUUUGGCUAUUUUGUAGGGUCUUAUAAUACUGUGAUUAGAGUCUUUGCCACUUUCAAUAUCUUUCUGUUUUCCCACUAGUUGCACAAGUAUAUGUUUCAGGCUUCAGAGCUACUGUGUACUACAAUUUGAAAUAUAUAUAUAUAUAUAUAUAUAUAUAUAUAUAUAUAUAUAUAUAUAUAUAUAUAUAUAUAUAUAUAUAUAUAUAUAUAUAUAUAUAUAUAUAUAUAUAUAUAUAUGCAUUUGAUCUCAUAGCCAGAAUAGAACAGAGGAGGGAAUCCCCAGUCUUCUCACUCCAUCCCUUUUAGUCACCUUUUAUGACAAUCAGGGAAUUUGUAGAUGUAGCUUCUCUCCACCCUAUGCCUUAGAGCUUGUUGGUUGUACCACAAAUUAUUAUAUGUAGACCAACUGUAAUGGGCAAUGAGAUUGUCUCAUUCCUACAUCUAAAGUAAGGUAAAUACUAGUAUUUAGUAUUUUGUUUACCUUUAUUUAGUAUUUGCUAGUGCUAAUGGUAUUUUAUCAGGUGAACAGUGCAUGUAAAAUUAUUACUUUGAUAAAGUUAUCUCAUAAUAAGUAAAUUUGUCAGGAAAGCUCAUGUACUGAAGGAGUUAAUAUUAUCUUUAUUAUGUAUAUAUAUUUAGUAUUGUAUAUUGACUAUGUAAAUAUAGAAUGAGCCUUCAGAUGUUAUGAAUUUGAGUAUAUAAGGGCAUGGAAUUAAUUUGUUAUCCUUAUAAUGCACUAUUACUAGUGCCACUUAUUCUAGUUGAUAGUUAGCUGCAGUGAUUUACAUGUAAAACUCCUGAAUAUUAUAUUACAAAACUAUUAACAUUAUCCUUCAACAAUUAUAUGAAAAGUUUCAUGAUGAUAUUGUGAAGGAAAUUUAAUAAAUGAUUACUGGUCAUAGAUUAAGAAAACAUCUGGUCUGGUCAAAUGAUCAUACAUAAGGAUACAAUAUCAAAUAGCAUUAAAAAAAUCAUUACUAAUAUAUGCAUUUCUGAGCACUUUAAGCAAACAAAAAUCAUUGCUCCUGCAUAUAUUUAAUCAAUAAUUUUAGUGUUGUUUUGGGAGAAAUAUAGCUACAUGUCUUGAAAAUUUUUUUUUACCAGAAAUUGCACAAGUCAUGAUGGUUAAUUAAAAAUCUUAGAGGACUUCCCUACACCAUACAACCAAGUGAUCUGGUCAUGUAAGGUAAUAAAACUGUAAUAACUUUAGUUCCAUAUAGCCAUUUAUUGGCAUGCUGCUUGAAAUUCAUACAGUUCAACUCAAUUAGGUUUGUUGAUUUGAUAUUUAUAUGUAGUGUAAAUGUUGUAGCUUUACAUAUCAUGUUUAUUGAAUUAUUUCUUACUUUGGAAGAAACUACUGGUAUUUUGGAAAGCAAUGUAUGGUAUUUUGUUUUCUACAAAAUAAGGUAAAAGCUAGUGUUUGGUCUGGCUUAGGGAAAAAGAUAUGAAUUUUACCUGUGACACAAUCUUCCAUCUCAGUGGUUUCAUUUUCUAGGGUGUUGAGUGUAUGUAGUAAAGAAAGGCAUGUCCUUAUCAAAAUUUUUAUAUACUUUUGCACUACUUAUGUUAUUAAAUAAUCAUCUCAACUUAAGGGAAGUUAUGCAAUUUUUUUUUUCCACCACUAUAUAUAAUAAAACAAUGAUAUGGUGUUGCAGAUAUUCUGACAAUCUCCUUCAUGUUAACAGGAAAAGUAAUCCAGUAAUUACAUUUACAUUUCAGAGCUAAGACUUAGCUAUAAAAUUUAAUAUUUAGUGAAACAUUAUUGAUAAAGUGUUUAUCAGUGAUAAGUAGCCGUGAACUUUUUUUAGAUAUAUGAACUUAUUUUGGGAAUUAAUCACACUAGUAAUUUUUUACUAAUUAUGCAAGUUUUUGUCACUUGCAUAUUUCAUGAGUACAAAUAUUUUUGUGUAAGAUUAUAUUAAAAUUAUUCAUAGA